AUGAUGAAAAUUUUUCUCUUUGACGGACGAAGACUUCGACCAAGAGUAUCCCCCUUUUACGCUGGAGUUCUAAGUACAUCUGGCCUCAACGAACUGUAUGUCACAAUCAACAAGAAUGAUUACGUGGUCCUUUUGAAUGGAAGAAACAUUGCCCAGAUAAGCAACAGAAAUCUCGGAAAGUCGAUGGCUCAUCGGAAUAAAUUUAACAGAAUCGUCAAGGCUCGCGCCACCAGUACCCUGCCCAUCAAACGACUGGUGGUGGCUGAAGGAGGACGGGUAAAGCGAUGGGCUCGAAAUGCCAAUGAUCCCAAUUGUGGUUACACUUUUGAAAUUCCCUCGAGUGCAGCAUCUGCUCGUGAUAAAGCUACAGCCAAGAACUUCGAAGACUACGAAGGGGGAAAAUGCAUUACUCGGAGAGACAAUAUCAAUUUUAACAUCGCAGCGGCCCACGUUGUCGGCGGCGUAAAAUCUAUCCCCGGGCAAUUCCCAUGGCUUGUUUCUCUACGAUUUGAUCAUUAUGGAACAGUCACCCACGAGUGCGGAGCGUCUUUGAUCAACAGAAAAUGGGCCGUUUCUGCAGCGCACUGCUUCGCUAGCGACUAUGUUGCUAAAAACUACCAAGUUUACGUUGGCGACUACUCUGUUGCAAACGACGAUUACAACAAGGAAAGAACUCAUAGGACAACAAUUGCUCAGUACUUAGCCGAAGAAGUGCCGAGUUAUAAUGAAUUCCGAUCGCCCAUUUGUCUGCCGACUUCUUCACAGCAAUUUGGAGAGGGAGACUGCUGCCAGGUUGCUGGGUGGGGCAAAACAGCAUCAAACCAAGCUGAUCUCGAUAGAUUCAUUGAAAUGGAUCAGCAAUGCGCCCGAAAAACUCCUGGAUACUCGCCAUUGUACACGAAAGAUACUCCCUUAGUACCGGACACUCCAAGAUUCACCUACCAAGAAAUCUUUCCAGGCAAUGAGUGCGCCAGUCUUAUGCGAGGUCGCAUGGAUACUUCUGGAGCGCAAUUUUGCGCUAGCAAGAGACUUGAAUGCAAUCUUAUGGCUGAUACUUGCCAGGGGGAUUCCGGAGGACCCUUCUUUUGCAAAGAGCCCGGAACCUUUGACUCUGAAGAACCGUCAAUCACAAUGAAUGGGGCUAGUUACAAACUUGCUAAUACUGAUAGAGCGGUUCUUUGGGGAAUCACGAGUAGUGGCGGAAGUUACAAUUCUGCUGGUGAGCAUACUGGCUGUGGAGAUGCUACGGGAGACAGUAAAGGAGCUGGUAUUUACACUAAUGUUGCUUCGUACAUGGAAUGGAUCAUGGGCGUCUUCCGAAAGAAUAGAUUCAGCCCGUCAGGAUGA